UUUGCACACAGAGAGAGACGCACGACCUUUCGACCACUCCAUCUGUCUCACACAAUGAAAACUCUCUUCCUCCAAUCCUCCUCUGUUUUCCAUUUCAAUUUCACAUCUCAUUCUCCAUCUCUGAAUUUUACCAAUGGUGAAACUCAGGCACAGUCGUAUGGUUUCUCGGAAAUCUUCGCCAAUGUCAUGGACACUGACCCUCACCUUGUUCGUCUCCUUCAUCUUCCUCGUUCUCAUUCUCCUCAUUCUCGGUGUCCUCUCUUUCCCCAAUGCAUCCUCUGACUCUGGUGUUCCCAAACCCAACGACCUCAACUCCAUCGCUCGCAACGCUAUAAGAAAUGAAGGUGAUGACAACGGCCCAAGAGAGAAGUGGGUUGAAUUGAUUUCGUGGGAGCCUAGAGCUUUUCUCUAUCAUAAUUUUCUGACCAAAGAGGAAUGUGAAUAUCUAAUCAAUAUAGCCAAGCCACAUAUGCGUAAGUCAACCGUUGUUGAUAGUGAAACUGGAAAGAGUAAAGACAGCAGAGCACGGACAAGCUCUGGAACUUUUCUGGCGAGAGGACGUGAUAAAAUUGUGAGGAAUAUUGAGAAAAGAAUUGCCGAUUAUACGUUUAUACCCAUAGAGCAUGGUGAAGGACUUCAAGUUCUCCAUUAUGAAGUUGGACAAAAGUAUGAUUCUCAUUAUGACUACUUUAUGGACGAGUUUAACACUAAGAACGGUGGUCAGCGUCUAGCAACAAUGCUGAUGUACCUUUCCGAUGUUGAAGAAGGGGGUGAGACAGUGUUCCCAUCUGCCAAGGGAAAUUUUAGCGCUGUACCUUGGUGGAAUGAGCUCUCUGAUUGUGGAAAAAAAGGACUGUCAAUUAAGCCAAAAAGGGGUGAUGCUUUACUUUUCUGGAGUAUGAAGCCUGAUACAACUGCAGAUACAUCGAGUUUGCACGGUGGUUGUCCAGUGAUUAAGGGUGAUAAGUGGUCAUGUACAAAAUGGAUGCGUCUCAAUGAAUACAAAACUUAAAUAUACAUUACUAUAGCCUUCUGAGUUCGUCAUUCCAAUAUACAGUACCAAAUGAUUGGCGGAUAUUGCUUUCAAGGCUGAAAGGAAAGGUUGUUUAGAGCUUGUUGCAGCAUUCUGUAAAUUUAAUGUUUACCGUAGUCAAUCAAUUAUUUGCACUACCCUUCUCAACUAUAGUAGGAAUAAAUAUUAAUAUUUUUUUUAUAUUUGUGAAUUUGCAUUAAGAGGCUUAACAAAAUGUAUGAAAUAGAUGGAAUGAGUAUACCAUUACCACCGGCUUUUCGAGCAGAGUUUAAUUUUCAUGUGCAUAGAAUCAUUGUAAGCCUGUUGUAUUAUUUAUUGAAUUCUUUUGGUAGACUUUGUUUGUUAAAGUCGAUGUAAUGCCCUCGAAGUCAAAUAUCACUUUCU